GGAACAUCUGGAUGGAUAGAAACUGAACCUGCAGCGCAGAAUGAGAACAACAACAAGAGGAUCUUAACCGACUUAAUUUCAGCAGAGUGACGAUGGACCGGAGCAACACCCCCUCUUAAUGUCAGCAGAGCCGAUCAUGGACGAGUUGGGCAUCGCAGAUCAAGGCAGGAGAGAAACCUCGACCACCCAGCCAGCAUUCUCCCAGGCGGACCCCGCUCUGUUUUACCCCCCUCCUCUCUCCCCAGACCCGGGUAGCACGCUGACUCACCUGGGGACGCUGCUGGCCGGACACGACGCGCCGAGGACUGGCGGAUGGGACAGGAGCCUGGACCUGGGGUUUCAAUGCUCCCAGUUACUGGGAACAACAAGGGAACCAGUAAGAGAAGCUCACGCAGACCAGAGUGUCACCAUCCUGCACGCCAAGGUCGCUCAGAAGUCCUACGGCACCGAGAAAAGGUUCUUCUGCCCUCCUCCUUGUGUUUACAUCAGCGGCCAUGGAUGGAAAGUCAUGCAGGACCAUCUGAAAGCGGCUGGCUGUGGCGACUCUGUGUAUCGAGUGUGUGGUUACAUGUGUCUGGACAGCUCCAGUCAGUCUCAGGCCGACACAUUCAAACUGGUCUUCGAUGAGCAGCCAAACUCCAGGAUGUUUGCCUGUGCCAAGUCCCUGUUCAUCUCUGACCAGGACAAGAGGAAACACUUCUGCCUGUUGCUGCGACUCUUCUUGGGCAACAGACAGGAAGUGGGUUCGUUCCAGAGCCGGAUGAUCAAAGUCAUCUCCAAACCCUCCCAGAAGAGACAGUCCAUGAAGAACGCCGACCUGUGUAUCUCAUCGUGCUCCAGAGUAGCUUUGUUCAACCGUUUACGCUCGCAGACGGUCAGCACUCGUUACCUCUCAGUGGACAGAGGAGCUUUUAUAGCCAGCGCCAGACAGUGGACCGCCUUCACCAUCACCCUGGUGCAGGAGCAGCAUGCUGACCGAAGGGACUUUGUGCCGAGCGAGGGCUUCAUCUGUUACGGCCGUGUGGUCCAGUUAGUGUGCACUGAGUCUGGAGUCGCUCUGCCACUCAUGGUGAUCCGUAAGGUCAACAAGCAGCACGCCAUCUUGGACGUGGACGAGCCGGUCUCUCAGCUCCACAAGUGCGCCUUCCAGUUCCGAGACGACCCACACUCCUACCUGUGUUUAUCCAACGACGCCAUCAUACAGCACCAGGCCCCGUCCAGCGGCAGAGACUCGGGCAGAGUGGUGCUGAACGAUGGGUCCUGCUGGACCAUCAUCGGAGUGGAAGCGGUGGAAUUCACCUUUAAUCAGGGUCCCGCCUGCAUCCAGACACCAGUUACUCCUUUUCCUGUUCUGACCGGGUUAGAGGUGAAUGGUGGAGGACACGUUGCCAUGUUGGAGAUCCAGGGAGACAACCUCAGCCCUCAUCUUAAAGUGUGGUUCGGAAACAGCGAGGCUGAGACAAUGUUCAAGUCUCCCAAAUCUCUGCUCUGCGUCGUCCCCGACGUCUCCGCGUUCAGCGACGGCUGGCGCUGUCUGCGGCGCGUCAUCACCGUCCCUCUGUGUCUCAUCCGAUCGGACGGCCUGAUCUAUCGCACGGCCUUCAGCUUCACCUACACCCCCGAGCUCCAGCCGCCGCCGGCGUCCAUCCGGGGGGCGUCAGGAGGAGGGAAAAGAGAGGGAGGGAUGGAGGGGGACGAGCACGACGACAGCCUGUUAGAGACCAUCCACCAGGAGUUCACCAGAGCCAACUUCCACCUCUUCAUGCAGAGUUAGCUCAUUGAGUCCUGAGCAAAAAGUCUGAUUUGAAGCAAGAAACGGUUUUUGGAUGAACGCUGGUCUCGUGUCAAUGAACUGUGUGCAACUUUUGCCCCAUUCUGAACUACCGGAAUAUCAAGGUUUAU